CGUCAUUGGCUCCUGGCGGAAAGUAUCGAGCUAAAAGAGGGGCAGAGCCACGCGCCAAUCACGUCCCGUCCGACACCGCCUGCCUCUAGACACGCGCCUUGUCCUUUAAAGGGAAUAAGCCAGAGCGCGCUGCGCACUUACUCAUCACCGACUGGUAACUUUCUUUUAUAGAACAACAUAUAUUCUCUUCUUCUAUAUUAUUUUAUAGAGCAACAUAUUAUAUCUUCUUCAAUAUUCGGAAUUAAUUUACUUCAGUUUUGUAAGGCAGGUGGUUUUUAAUGUAUCGGUUGUUUUGGGCGAGAGAUAAGGGAUGUCUUUAUUUUCGUAACAUUUGGAUUUCUGACAUCACGCUAUAGAGGAGCAGAGUAUCAUCCAGACAGACAGACUGACAGGAGGACUGACUCCACGGUAACACAACCUACUUCCUGGUUACCAACACCAGCGCUACCAUGACCACCCCCCCCAGCUCGUUCCAGCAGGAGCCCCUGACCCCCCCCAGACCCCCUCACUCCUCCCUGAAGCCCAACCAGGUGGGUCAAGUGGUUCUGUAUGGUGUACCCAUCGUCUCCUUGGUGAUCGACCAUCAGGAGCGGUUGUGUCUGGCCCAGAUCUCCAACACUUUGCUGAAGAACUACAGCUAUAACGAGAUCCACAACCGCCGCGUGGCGCUGGGUAUCACCUGUGUUCAGUGCACCCCUGUCCAGUUGGAGAUCCUGAGGCGAGCUGGCGCCAUGCCCAUCUCCUCUCGCCGCUGUGGCAUGAUCACCAAGCGAGAGGCGGAGCGGCUGUGUAAGUCCUUCCUGGGGGAGAACAACCCCCCCAAACUGCCUGACAACUUCGCCUUUGAUGUGUCACACGAGUGUGCCUGGGGUAGUCGUGGUAACUUCAUCCCAGCGCGCUACAACAGCAGCAGAGCCAAGUGCAUCAAGUGUUCCUACUGCAGCAUGUACUUCUCUCCAAACAAGUUCAUCUUCCACUCUCACCGUACUCCUGAAGCCAAGUACACCCAGCCGGACGCUGCUAACUUCAACUCCUGGAGACGCCACCUGAAGCUGUCAGAUAAAACCCCUCCUGAUGACCUGGCGUUUGCCUGGGAGGACGUGAAGGCCAUGUUUAAUGGUGGCAGCAGGAAGCGGUGUCUACCCUCAUCUCACUGCUCCCCCAUGGGGCCGGGGAAGGUUGUGAACUCUGGUCUGCCCCACAUGAUGACCCCUGACCUGGUCCAGAAGAGGAGCCGCUUCGAGGAGGAGGAGGACCUGGAUGGAAGCAGCCUGUCUCCCCAUAAGAACCCUCGCAGCUACCCGGUGAUCCCUGUGCCCAGUAAAGGGUUCGGCAUGCUGCAGAAGUUCCCCCCCACCUCCCUGUUCCCCAACCCUUACUCCUUCCCAGCCUUCAGCCUCUGUCAGCAGAAGAAAGAUGACAGUGAGGUGGCUGGAGGACAGAAGAACACUGGUCUAUCAGGUCUGCUGUGGCCCGGUCGUAAAGACACCUUCUACCCUCCGUUCUGCAUGUUCUGGCCUCCUAGGACCGCUGGUGGCCUCCCAGUGCCCACCUACCUGCAGCCACAGCCGUCCGUCAACACCCUAUCCUCAUUGGCCGAGAGCCCUUCCCUCAGGCAGGCCUUCCUCGACCUAUCAGAGCCCUCACAGCCAAGGGCAGGGCCAGACAUGAGGGCCACACCCAGGUCAGGCCUGUUUGACCCUGACUCCUCCCCCCUGACCUCUGACCUGCGCCCUGUGACCUCAGAGGGCUGGCUGAAGCUGCUGGAUGUCCCGUCUCUCCAGGCCAGGAAAGCCUCCUACCACUCAGCCUUCCGACCCGUCGUCAAGGAUGCAGAGAGCGUCGCCAAGCUCCAUGGAAACCUGGAGGAGUUUGGUUCGGAUCGCCACCUGUCCCCCGCCACCAGCUGCAGCUACGCCUCUGAGAGCGGAGGAGAAGGGGAGGAAGAGGGAGAGGGAGGAGAGAGUGAGGAGGAAGGAGAGGUGGAUGUGGAGACCAAGCAGGAUGAAGAGGAAGAGGAAAGCUUCAACAGACCAACCCCACCACAGACACACAGCAGCCUGCACCUCCGAGGGCUGACCGAAGGAUCAGGACCAUGGGAGACCCGAGAGAAAGAGGCUGUCACCUUCCCCUGCAGCCCUGCAGAUCACAGCCAGGACCAGAGCAGCAGUAGCCUGCCUGCCUCUCCUCCUGCUCCCCCUGCGAACCUCACACUCUCUCUCCCCAGCCCCACACACACCCCGCUGCCACUGGAGGACCAGGCCUACAAAAAUACUCAUAAAAGCAGAGACCAUGGACUGCCUGUUUACACAACCAAAGAAAACUCCAACAUAGCUCAGCCCAGCAGUUUCUUUGUAUCAGAGACAGAAUCAUCUGGCCCAGAGUACUGGAGAGAGACGGCAGGGGAUCAAACACAAGAUGGAAGUUCCCCUGUUCCACUAAAGGAGGAUGUUGAGAACAUGGAGAAAGAGGAACUCCAGAAGGUUCUAUUGGAACAGAUCGAUCUACGAAGACGACUAGAACAGGAGUUCCACGCUCUGAAGGGAAACUCCCCCUUCCCUGUCUUCCAUCAUUUCCAGGACCAGAUGAAGCGAGAACUAUCGUACAGAGAGGAGAUGGUGCAGCAGCUACAAAUGAUGCCAAACAUCAUCCGGAAAGAAAAGAUCACAUCACAUCUUAACAAAAAGAGCUAAAUUGGAACUUGGAAGUCCUGAACCAUCUGGACAAGAACCUGAGGUCCUAUGAACCUUAGGAGUGAAAUGGAGGUGGAGUGAAACCAACUAAAACAGACAACUAUGAAAAAGGACAAAAAAAAAGGACGUGAAGAUGUUUGACAAUACAACACGUGACCUCGUCCCCCAACCAAUCCUUGACAGUCUCUGACAUGGACCACGGAGGAAACAAAUAAAGACUUUGUCUACUACUCUGACGCCAGGUCCAAACCUAGAACAAUAUUAAAUACUACUCCAGUGAAUUACUACAGCAGACAGCCUGUCCACCUGUAUAUAUUCCACCUGCCGUCCCAGGAUACACACAGAACCAAUCAGCUAUGAAGGACUCAGAUCUUUGUUGGUGUCCCAAUACAAUGAUUGAACUCUUUUCAUCACAAUGUAUCUAUAUGUGUUUGUUUAUCUGAUCUGAUUAAAUGACUGAUUACAUGAAUAUGAUCCUGACAUGUCACAUGUUAAAGAAGGAUGCAAAGUACAUCAACAGAGAACAGUAGAAACAGCCCCUCACCCCUCCUAGUUAAGAACAUAUCAUGGAUCAAUUGUCAUGAAUACAAAAUCUAUAAUGUUAUUAUUACAAACUGUUCAUGUAUUUAAAUAUGUCAUUGUUGUUUCUAUACUAUUUAUGUGGAUA